UUGGGACUUUGAAGAAACAAAUAUAAAUUUAAGAGGGGAAAAAAAAAUUUGCUCUUCGCUUUACACGCAAUCACUAUCAAACCCUUUCGUUUUUCUUAUCAAGUUAUUCCUUAAAGAAAAACUUCAGUCCUGCCGUCUGCAAUCUGGUCGUGUUUUAAAAUUCUUAACUCUAUAUAAUUUUCAUUUUUUAAAAUUUAUUUAUUCUUUAAUUUAUAGCGGUGAGUUUUGGCUUCCGGCGGACCUGGAUUUUUUGUGGGUUGCAGCACAAUGUUCUGAUUGAAGUAGUCGAGGAAUGGACUGGCUGAUUUUGCCUUCUGUAAGCGUGUAUGAGUGAUGUUCAGCGGGCAAAUAAGUGCUAACUCUCUUAACAUAUUCAAAUGGAAUUGGCACAGUACAUCAUCUCUAAAGACAGGGUUGCUUAAAGAUGUACCUCAAGAAAUUGAAUUGUCUGACUAUCAUAAGCCGCCAAGCCCCCAUAGUGAAAGUCCAUCUGGGCUUCUUGACUGUGAGACUUCAAAUGUAGAACCCAUUGACGAUCUGGAUCUGUUUAUUGAGAGGAUUUACACCUACUACUGUGAGAAAGGGCUUUGGUGCAUUAUUUUCAAGUGGAUUUUCGAGCUUCUAAGCCUUCUUUUCAUCAUAUGUUUCUCUGGAUUUUUCUUGUUAUUUGUUGAUUGGAAUGGCCUUCGCAAUGCGAAGUGUGGAAUGGAUGCAGUGGAAUCUGGAAUUAAGCCUUGCGAUCUUUCCGAGGAAGCUUUGCAUAAGCAUCCGUUCACUCCUUUUACUCUUUCCAAAGCUAUAAUUGUAGGAUACCUUGGAAUAUUUUCCAUCUACUGGAUCUUCUGUUUCUUGAGGUUUUUCACGCAAUUAAAGGAGACUCUUAAGAUCCGUCAGUUUUUCUACAACAGUCUCCAUGUAACGGAUAAUGAAAUAAAAACUAUGCCAUGGGCAUUGAUUCUUGAAAAAGUCAUUCAGGUACAAAGUUUGCAACAACUAUGUGUGGUCAAGGAUCUUUCUAUUCAUGAUGUGGUAAUGCGGUUGAUGCGGAAGGAGAAUUAUUUGAUUGGAAUGGUUAAUAAAGGAGUGCUUGCCUUCCCUAUUUCUGGGUGGGUUCCAGGUGCUGGUCCAACUUUCAGAGUUGGUCUAAAUGGUGUGCAACAUCGACUAGUACUAACAAAAACACUUGAAUGGACCUUGAAUUGGUGCAUUUUGCAGAGCAUGUUUGACAGAAACUUUUGUCUGCGGACGGAGUUCGUCUCGGAUCCUAAAACAUUAAGGAAAAGGCUUAUGAUAGUUGGCUUUGCAAUGCUGCUUCUGUCUCCUUUUCUUGUCAUAUUCAUGCUGGUAUAUCUUUUUUUAAGACAUGCUGAACAGUUCUAUAAUCAUCCAAGUACAGCGUCACAUAGAAGAUGGUCAAAUCUCUCCAAGUGGAUGUUUAGGGAAUUCAAUGAGGUUGACCAUUUGUUCAAGCACCGGAUAAAUAGCAGUGUAGUGCAUGCUUCAGAUUAUCUAAAGCAAUUUCCUUCACCUAUACUAACCAUUAUUGCAAAGUUUAUCUCGUUUGUUUCUGGUGGCUUUGCUGCUGUCCUCAUAAUUAUUGCCUUCCUAGAAGAGUCUCUGCUAGAAGGCCAUAUAUUUGGUCGCAACUUAUUUUGGUAUGCUGCUGUUUUUGGAACUAUAACUGCUAUAAGUCGGGCUGCAAUGGUGGAUGAGUUGCUUGUCCUGGAUCCACUGGGGGCAAUGACACGUGUGGUCCAACAUACACAUUAUAUGCCAAAAAAAUGGCGGGAAAAGGAGAAUACUGAGACUGUACGGGCGGAAUUUGAAACUCUAUUUCAGUACAGUGGAAUGAUGCUGCUGGAGGAGAUGGCCUCAAUCUUUAUCACGCCUUACUUGCUUCUAUUCGUUGUCCCAAAGCGGGUGGAUGACAUUUUGCAGUUCAUUGUGGAUUUUACUACGAACGUUGAAGGUGUAGGCCAUGUUUGCUGGUUAUGUUUUCCUCUCUAUACUGUCCAAAUCCAGCAACUUGAUGAAUUUUUCUCCUCCGGCAGUUUCGGUGUCUUCAAUUUUAAAGAUCAUGGCAACAGCAAAUAUGGCUCACCAUUUAAUUCGCCUCGCAUUAAGAGAAGCUCCCAGGGGAAAAUGGAAAAAUCAGCCUUGAGCUUCCAGAUUAGCUAUCCUUCGUGGGAACCAGAUGCUCAGGGGAAACAUUUCCUUGCAUCUAUCAAAGCGUUUCGAGAUCAAAAGUUGCAAGGACAAGGAACAAGAAUUGCAGAGUUGGCUUCUAGAAUGCAGCAGCAGAGUCCAAAUUUUGGAGGGUUUGGUGGCCGAAACUACAACUUUUCGAGGGAAAUGCCUUUUGGUAAUGCUGUAACUGAUUCGAUGUGGCUGAUAGAUGUUGAAGAGAAGAAUUUUCCAUAUAUUCUCGACUGGUAUUAUACCUCACGAAAUCACGAUAGAGCUGGUUAUACAAGAGACAUUUCAUUUAACACUUUUGCCGAUGUCGAGGAGAACCCUAAUGAUUUCCGGAAUGCUUCCCACUCAUCAAAAAACGAAGCAAAAUAUUGUGGCAACUGGAGAUAUCUUGAUGUCGAUCGAGUUCAGAGUCAUCUUGAGGCUUCUACAUCUUCUCCUCUCUUUCAGCAAAGUGUCUUGCAACAUCACAACACAAGUAAUGCAGAACACCGCCCUACAGGGAGCCAUUGGUGGGCUAGAAGUCAACCACAAGGUGCGGAUCCGCAGACAAGUUUUCUUGAUCCUCCAAAUUUCUUCCACAAUGCUCCGCAUUAUAAUUACGAUAAUUUCUCAGAGCAGAGUGUGGAGGAUCAAGAAGACUCGGAAUGGAGGAAUCGUAAGAGGCUUUCUCAAUCUUUCUUUAUAGACAACUUAGAUGGUGGCGAAUUCAGUCUUCCAUUCGAUGAUAUAUAUGAAAGCAGGCCUUUAGAGAGGCCUACUGAGAGUGCUGAUCCUUCAAAUCUUGUGUGAUUCUGCAGGAAUGCAUCUCUAAAUUCUUUGUUGUAUAUAUCUUGUAUAUAAUUAAAUAUUGAAUAGGCUUCAGGUUGAUAAUGAUUUGGAGGGGGAAGUGGAUGCUACUAAAGUCUGUUUAAGUUGAAAACACUGAUGUAAACAAUGUCUUUUCAAACCAUUCCUCGUAUUUACAUAGUACUCACUUGAUUUUA